UCAACAUAUGACCACCGCAGUGCGACCUUUUGGCCAGUAGGUUGCAUUAUUGCCGUUUCUUGUGCGCGCUGCGCCUGGUUUUUGAUCCAUUCUCGUGGAUUUCGAGUCGAUCGAGUUUCGGUCUUUUCAAUAACAAAUUGAUCCAAGACGUCAUGACGCCAUCGCGGGACGUUAUUGUAUCGCGACGCGGUGAGUACAACCCGACAAUGUGAGCCCCGUACAUUCGAAAUUCAUCUAUCCGUUAUUUAAACCACUUAAUCCAGUUGUUGAAAACUACGCUGACCGUGACCUUACUCUGACGUCGAUUUAUCGCGCCGUCGAACAGCGGAGCAAACCCGGAAGCGCAGUUAGCAAACACUGCGGCAGCAAAGUUCGCCGACGGCUUCAGAGACUUUUGACUAACUCUCCUUCUUGCUAGCAUUACGUAGUUUUUCCCCCAAAAUGCCCGACCACCAACUACCACCACUGAGGAUUGUGGCCACGUGGUGCAGAGCCAGCGAUGGGCUGGAGGGCUUCAAGGCUCACGCCGUGUUCCAGGAGAUCAACAAGAAGCUGCAGCAAGAAGGCGACGCGUAUGUGAAGAAGAUCGGCGGCGUGUUUGCAUUCAAGGUGAAGGAUGGUCCGGACGGCAAGGAGGCGACGUGGUUGGUGGACGUCAAGAACGGCAAAGGAUGCGUGCACAACGACACAGACAAGAAAGCGGACUGCACCAUUGCCAUGUCUGACUCUGACCUGCUCGCCUUGAUGACGGGAAAGAUCAACCCUCAGACGGCCUUCUUCCAGGGCAAGCUGAAGAUCACCGGCAACAUGGGCCUGGCUAUGAAGUUGCAGAACCUUCAGCUGCAGCCCGCCAAGGCCAAGCUGUAGCCGCCCGCAGGUGGGGGAGGGACGGCGGUCACGCGACUCCACUCCACUUCCGGUCCCACGAGUACCAGCUGAAUAAAAGCCGCCACAUUUGAGGAGGGAACAAAAAAUGUACAUAGACGACGUGGGCCUCAGUUGUCUGCAAGGUGUCGACCAUCUUUAUCGUCAUCCAAACUGUACUCUGGAAAACAAGGACCGACAGAUUUCAAAUACACGCACGGGAGGUGAAUGGAAGAGUCCGGCCUGCACGUCCUCGUGAUUGCCGGCGCGCCCGCGGCCCUUCAUGAGGAUGCGGCGCUUGAGAAAACUGAGGGGCGCGUGCCACUGCGACCAACUUGCUAACGCCGUCGGAAUGCAUGCUUUUGCAUUUUAUGCGCCAGCCAUUUGGAAUCAUGUCCUCUUUGCAAUAAAGUGAAUAAAAGUG